CCAGCGCCAUCAGUCUAUACGGCGCUGGAGCAUUCCUUUGUAAACAUGGACUGUUCUAAUUCCGCCAACUGAUUGGACGGCCGACUUGUCUGUCAAACUGGCUCACGAGACCUCGCGCAAUCGGCCCAUUUUCUCAUUCGCCACCGGAAGCUGCUGACAGCUGUGAGUACAAACAAAAGCCAUUCACGUUGGCUGGUGCGAUGGACAGAGUGGAGACAGAGCAGAGGGAUGAACCACAGACAGACUUCAUCUACUGUCACAGAGCCGUCACAGAGGUCCUGAAGUUUGGCUCCUGUCAGUUCAACUCUGGGCACAAAGUGCUCUUUCUCAUCAUUCCAGGUAACCCAGGUGUAGUGGGCUUCUACAAAACCUUCAUGCGGACCCUUCACAGGAAGUUAGGAUACCACCACCCAGUGUGGGCAGUGAGCCAUGCCGGCCACUGUGUACCUCCAGACUCCAUGGACAUGGUAGAAGAUGCCUCCUCAGCAGCUGAGAAUGAUGUGUUUGGUCUGGACGGGCAGAUUGAACACAAGCUGGCCUUCCUCAGGAGAAAUGUUCCCCGAGGCACCCGCCUGGUCCUGCUGGGACACUCCAUUGGCUGCUACAUUAUCCUGGACAUGAUGAAAAGGAAUCCUGAACUCAAUAUUCUUAAGUCCAUCAUGCUGUUUCCCACCAUUGAGCGCAUGGCUCAGACUCCUCAGGGGAAGCUCAUGACCCCUGUUCUGUGUGGACUGCGUUAUGUGGCCUACCUGCCUAUCUUCCUGCUUUCUCUGCUGCCUGAAGCCCUCAAAGCAGGCCUGAUCCGACUGGCGUUAGGCGGCAUCUUCUCUCUGGACCACACUGUAGUACAACCGACUGUAGGUCUACUCAGUGGAGACUGUGCUGCCAAUGCAAUGUACAUGGGGGGUCAGGAAAUGAAGAAAGUAUUGGAAAGAGACGACUUAACCAUCAAGAAAAACCUAGAAAAGCUGAUAUUUUAUUAUGGAGCGACCGACCACUGGUGCCCUGUUCAGUAUUAUCAUGACAUCAAGCAGGACUUUCCACACGGAGACUUCAGACUGUGUGAGAACGGGUUCCGCCAUGCCUUCGUUCUCGAUGCAGGACGAGAAGUUGCCCAAAUGGUGUCUGAAUGGAUCAGUGUGGAUUUUAGGACAUGAGUUUCCUCUUCUAUUUCGGUAUACUCCUCCACAUCCAUCCGACAUGGACACUUGGGGACCAGGAACUUUUUAUGAGCAGAGAUAAUGCAAUGGAUUUGACUAUGCAAGCUUAGUGGCGAAGAUAUUGAAUUAAAUACAUAUUAUCAAAUGAUAUGCAGGCUAUGUCUCAUCAUUAUUUGGUAUUCAUCUAAAAUACCUUUUGAUUUUUCAUUCGUUUUCUUCUGUCAAACAUAAGCAGAUUGUAAUUUAAUCAGAUUUAAAAGGGAAGAAACAUUUAAGCCCUUUCUCAUUUCUAAAAUGUUCUCCUCCUUGGUCCUCCGGUAGUGACCCGAAAUCGAUGUCAGCGCGCCAUCUUGAAGGACAUCUAAUUUCUCUGAAUUAUAUCCAGUCUCUGAUAGUGUUAUGUUAUUAUGUGAGUGCUCUGUUAUGAAAAAUAUUUCCCCCUCACUCAAAUCAUACCGGUGCCUGCCCGCAUCUGUAGCCUGUUAUUGUCUCAUUAUAACACAUUGUGAAUGAAUUAAAAGUAAAUAUAUAGACAGAG